AUGGACCCCUGCGGCUUCGAGGACUUCCGCCGCCAUCUUGACAACCUCAUCGCACCGUUCCACUACCAUCGGCAAAAGGACGGCAUAAUUGAGUUUGCGACAUACCACACCUCAUUGACGAGCGCCACGCCCGUCCUCACCCUCGAGCACAUCUGGCCCCUCCUCCGCCGCAAGAUUGCCCGCGCCCAAGACUUUGUCGGCGGCGCCCUCGUCGCCACCGACGUCCUGUCCACCUCGGUCUGCCCCGUCACCGGCAACCCCGUCACCUCCCGCGAGGUCACCUUUGCCCCGGAGAAGGGCGGCCACAAGAUGCGCGAGGACUGCGUCGAGUACUACCCCGUCAAGGUCGAGUUCCUCCAGCCCGGCGAGAACGGCGGCCGCGUGCAAAACAUUGUGUCUGAUGGUGCCGACGGCGCGCUGUACAUGACGUAUACUUUUGAGUGGCCGCACCCGGAGCUCGAGGGGGACGAGGAGGGCCUGAAGAAGAAGCUUCAGCAGGAAAAGGCCAUGGCCAAGGUGGCAGUGGAGGAGACUAUCAAGGCGAUGCGGGAGAUGGUGGUGGAUGGGAGGUGGCAGGAGAAAUUUUAG